AUCCUCCAGAGGAGUUUAUGAACUUCACUCUCAAAAAGAGAAACAAGAGCCAGUGGUGAGUUCUGCGUUUACAUCAGUACAUGUGUGUUCUCAUCAUGGAGGGGGACCUCAUCUCAUCCUUAUGCACUCCUGCUCUGGUGGUGGACAUCGACAAAGUAAAGAAAAAUGCAGGGAGAAUGAGUGAACUUUACAAGGAGCUGGGAGUACAACUUCGACCACACAUGAAGACACACAAAACAAUUGAGUGUGCUGAUAUAAUGACCAGUGGAUCACGGAGAUGCAUUGUAGUUUCCACUUUGGCAGAGGCCUGUUUCUAUGCCGACCAUGGUUUUGAGGACAUCCUUUAUGCAUAUUCUAUUCCUUUUGAUAAGGUGGAGCGUUGUGCAGCAUUGUCCGAGAGGCUGGAUCUCUUUCAGGUUUUGUUGGAUCAUCCUGAUGCUUUGGAGCAACUCAAAAAGAGGCCUCUGCGGGAUGGGCGGCUCUGGCACAUUUGGAUGAAGCUUGACUGUGGAAAUGGAAGAGGUCUCUCAGUUACAGUAAAUUGAUUCACUGCAUGACUUUGUGAAAAGUCUGCCACCUGUCAGCAUAUUAUUGCUUUGCCCAGAGUGUUUCAGGGGAUGGUAUUAAACUUAAAUAAAGUAGUGCCUACUCACAGUACAAA